CGUUAGCACCAUUUGAAUUUUUUUCUCGGCAACUUUUGAGAAAAAAAUUCUCUUGAAAAUAUCAUUUUAACAUUUUUUGGAUCGGAAGUUUUUAUCUGUUUCUAUGUCUUAGAAAAAGUGAGCAAUUGGGGAAAUAUCCAGCAGUAUUGUGGAAAUUGACCUAUGGCACGUGUUUCCAACCGAUAUGCUCAAGUAUCUCAAAGUGAAGAAGACGUUGAAGCAGAAGACUCUUGGUCGGAUACUCGACACUACAAUAUUUCUCAAGCAACACCAUCUUAUGCUUGGCGGAAACUUUCAAGGGGCUGGUUUAGAACUUUUGUAACAGGCACUGGUGUAUUCAUGCUUGUGCUGUUUUUUAUUGUAUUUGCACCUUGGAAAAAUCGUGAAGGAGAUCUUCCACCCAACGGAGAUCGCUUAGGUAGAGCUACUUGGACACUCAUCCACGUCAUGGCUGCAAAUUACCCAGCCAAUCCUACUCCAGAAGAUGAGACACAAGCAACUUCGUUUAUAACGGCCUUGGGUCAUCUGUAUCCUUGUGAUUAUUGUGUGGAACAUUUUGCUACUUAUUUACAACAGCAUCCUGUAGAUGUGAGCAGUAGAGAAGCGUUUCUAUUGUGGACCUGUGAAGCCCAUAAUGACGUUCGAAGGCGACAGGGUAAAGUCCUUUUUCCUUGUAGUAUUACAGAAUUGGAUCAAAGAUGGGGUUGGGAAGGUAGUAGUAACACAUGAUGAACGUCACGAUUGGAAAGAAAAGGGGG